AUGACAGCCAGCAACCAACCACUCGACGCCGGCGUUAAGUUGACGCCGACUCCAGCGACUGCAGCGCUUCGUCUUCGACUUCGUCACAAAGAACCAACGCAGCCCGUUGGAGUCGAGGAGGCGAAGAGGGAAGCCAGUGAAAACUCUGCGCCGCCAGCUCCAGACCGUGUGACUUUGCUCCUGAAGGCCCAAACAGGUGAACCAGGCCCACACAACCGCAACCGCCGAGCACACCUACACAUACAUAUACACAUGUAUAUUAAAAAAAAUAAGGUAAUAAUUAACGGUGGAAAUAAGGUGGACCGCUGAAAUCACUAAGAUAAAUUUUGAAAUCAAUCCAAAAAUAUAUUCAGAAAUAUAAAACUGAAAUGCAGCGAAUAAGUUGAAAUUGUUCUAUGGUAAAAAUAAUAUAUUUCCAUUGAAAAUGAAACUUUU